AGAGAUGAUAUAUUGUAAUUAUUUUAAUAGGAGUUAAAAAACCUUCAGCUGUACACUCUCUAUUAGUGUAUUACUCAUUUCAGUAGACUCAACAUUUCACAUGGUAGCAUAAAUCUAUUUUCCUCUGUGCGAGGCAGUAAUGUGAGCAAGGUGUAGAUAUUUUGAUACAUUUCUUUGUCAACAUGAGUACUUUCAUACUUUUUCAAAUAAUUUGAAUUGUUUUAAAAGUACAGUUAAUUAAUCUUAUAAAAUCUGAUAUCCAAACUGAUUUCAUACUCCUAUAGAACUUCAUAAAAUGUGGAUAAAAUUAGGUAGGUAACUUAGUUCCUUAGCUCCAUAGAAUUAUUAGAUGCUUGUACCGACUCGUAAAUCUAUGCUUAGCUCCAUUUAGCUCAGACUUGGAUCAGAUGAAUGUCGAAGUUAUGUCACUUAUGUUCUCUGUCUAUGCUUUUAUAUUUCUUGAUUAUUUCUGUUGAAAAAUUUAAAAAAUAAUCAAUCAAAAAUGAUUUUAUGAAUGUCAAAAUAAGUGAUACACACUGAGUAUACUGAAAUAAUCAUGUAAAUUUAUUGUAGCUUCAGACUGAAUUAAACAUUAAUGCAAAGUGAAAAAAAGAAAAUCUAAAUAAUUCUAGUAAAUAAUGGUAAGUUAUAGCAUUUAGGUUCUUAAAGUGUGUUGUGUAUACAGCUACUUAUAACAUAAAAAUUUUAAUAAAAAAAAUUCAACCGACUUCCAACUCAAAGAUUAACCUAAACUAAAAAGGAAAAAAUAACAUCUUACCUAUGUGCUACCUUCUGAUCAGUUUGAAGGCGGUGCCAAGCCAGUGAUGUUUUAAUUAAAGCCGUUUCUGAAAGAACCACAGAAAUUUUGUAAUUUAAACGGCUUGAUGUUGAAGAUGUUAUUUUUUCGUUUUUAGUUUAGGUUAAUCUUUGAGUUGGAAGUCAGUUAAAAAUGUAGUGCAUUAAAAACUCUUAAUUUUUGAAGGAUGAUCAAGACUUGAUAUCUGGGAAGCCCCACAUACUAUCCUUUAAUGAAAUUAAGCAAGCAGCUGAAAGAAUUGAAGAUGGGAUUAUACACACUCCUCUUUGUGUAAGCAUAGUCUGACAAGUUCGUUGAUAACACUCCCAUGAUAUGCGGGUGACGGCCGGAAAGACUGCGCUGGUGUGAAAUCGUGCGUGCGAGGAAGUGACGUGCAUCAGUCUUGCGUUUUUCAUUCAUCGCUACACGCCCCUGCCCCGCAAAUAACAUCGGGAGUGUUACGAAUGAAGUUGCCGAGGAAGCAAAAUUAAGCAAAUACAUGGAUUAUAAGAUUUAUUUAAAAUGUGAUAAUUUACAAUACACAGGCAGUUGUGCCGAACGUGGAAUACGGAAUGCGUUCAUCGCUCAGCACGAUGAAAUGUCGCAAAGAGGAGUCAUAGUGCCUUCCAGUGGAAAUAUGGCUCUCGGUGCUGCGUACCACGGCUGUGCUCUGAACAUACCGGUUACUGUGGUGCUGCCGGAACGCUGCCCGCCGUCGCAGACGCAGCGCUGCGCGGAGCUGGGCGCCGAUGUGGUGCUCUAUGGGGACACCCUGGAGGACACCGUCAGUUACACCAAGAAAGUCAAUCGUGAUGGAAAACAUAUUUUAUUGAGUUCCGACGACCCCCUGGUGAUGGCGGGCCUGGGCACAGUGGGCGUGGAGAUCAUAACGCAGCUGCCGGAGGCUGACGCGGUCAUCGUGCCGGUGUCUGCAGGCGCACUGCUCGCUGCCACGCUCGUCGCCUGCAAGAAGCUCAAGUGCACGUGUCUCGUUUAUGGAGCAGAGAGCGCGAAGGUGCCGACUAUGAUGAAGGCCCUACAGGCGGGUCACCCGCUGCCGGUGCCCGUGGUCCCCAACAUAGCGCAGGGACUCAGCGCCUCGGUCGUCGGGCAGAACGCCUUCGCUACUAUCAAAGGACGAUUGGAUAGAAUGCUAGUAGUCGACGAGGCGUACAUCGCCAAGGCCGUGAUCAAUGUACUGGAGCGCGAGCGUCUGGUGGCGGACGGCGCCGGCGUGUGCGCGCUAGCGGCCGUCAUGCAGGGGCUCGUACCGGAACUGAGAGGAAAGCGCGCGGUUUGCAUAAUCAGCGGCGGCAACAUAGACUCCAACCGAUUGUCGCGCACGAUCCAACGCGGGCUCGGCGUCAGCGGCCGCCUCCUGCGCUUCGCGGUGGCGGUGCCCGACCACUGCAAGGGGCUGGAGGUCCUCGCCAGGGUCAUUGCGGAGGAGCGCGCCGUGUUGAAGAGCUUGAUCACUGAACAGAUGUGGGUGCACACUGAUAUCGGGACCACUUGGGCUAACGUUGUGGUCGAAACAGGUAACGAAGAACAUGCAGCGAGUUUCAAGGAUCACCUGCGAGACCUUUAUCCAACCGUUAGAUUUGCGAUACUAGAAAUUGACGACAAACACAAAAAUAGUGGUGUGCAUUAGAAACAUACCAUGUUAUUAAAAUUGAAACCACCACCUCUACUUUGACCAUUAAAUGUAUGAAAGACCUCCAUAACUCAAUAUUAUUGUAUAGUCCUAUACAUGCAGCAUAAUAAUAUAAAUUACUUCUCUACCUUGUUUUUCACUGACAAUUAUUAUGAUGCUUGGCAGUACAAAUACAAAGUAGAGUAACAGCUGCAAGCUGCAGAGAUAGUGUCAGCAUAAUCUACAUCAUCAUCAAUAGCUGAUCAACAUCCACUGCUGGAUAUAGGCCUCUUGCAUCAACUUCUAAACAAGUCUCAAGCUAGCACCAUCCAACGGCUCCCUGCAACCUCGUAUGUCUUCGGUCCACUUAAUGGGGGUCAACCAACACUUUGCUUUCCGCUGAGGGGUUACCAUUCCAUAAUCUACUCAUAUACACUAUUGUAAUAAUGUAUAGUCAAUUGUCAACAUUGUUUAGUUGAGUAUUUGAUCAGACUAUAUGAAUUGAACUAUUGAGAUCAUUACUAGUAAAUAGUUUUUAAAAUUACUUGAAGUGACUUAAAAUAUGUAUAAAUUGUUAAAUAAAAAGGCAAAAAUUUGG